AUGACCAUCCCGCCGCUACUCGCUGGGCAGGUCUGCGCAGUCACGGGUGGGCUCACCGGGAUUGGAAGAGCGAUCACGAUCCUCUUCCUGUCGCACGGCGCCAAAGUCGCCAUAAACUACCUGGCGUCACACAACAAGGACGAGGACCGGCUCCUCACGUCUCUCCGCACGGAAGCAUUCGACGCCAUCAAAGCCAGGUGGCCAUCAAAGGAACUGCACAACCUUGAUGACGUGCCGCUAUUGACCGUACCAGGAGACAUCUCAGUGCCCGAAACGGGCCACUCUCUCGUGGAGCAGACGGUCUCCAAGUUCGGCAGACUCGACACCUUCGUUUCCAACGCCGGGAUCUGCAAGUUUGAGGAAUUCCUCGACAUUUCUCCCGAGCUGUACCAGGGCCACGUGAACACCAAUUUGUCCGGCGCCUUCUACGCGGUCCAGGCCGCGGCCCGGCAGAUGACCCGGCAGACACCGCAGGGGGGCAGUAUCAUUGGCGUCUCGAGCAUCUCGGCACUGGUCGGGGGCGCCCAGCAAUGCCACUAUACGCCCACCAAGGCUGGGAUCCUGAGUCUCAUGCAGUCGACCGCCACGGCGUUGGGCCGGUAUAACAUCCGGUGUAAUGCCCUUCUUCCCGGUACGAUUCGCACGCAGCUGAAUGAUGAUGAUCUGAAGGAUGGGAGUGACAAGAAGAAGUACAUGGAAGGGCGGAUCCCUCUGAGGAGGCUGGGCAGGCCGGAUGAUAUGGCGGGGCCGGCGCUGUUUCUCGCCCAUGGAGAACUGAGUGGCUACGUUACUGGCGCAGCGAUAUUGGUUGACGGAGGCGCCUUCGUGAACUUUCAGUGA